UUUACAUGAAUUCCACCCUUUCCUCAUGUAUGGAGCAGAAAAAAAGAAUACAAAAACAGAACGAAUGUUUUGAGCAUUGAUGCAUGUACAAGACUUCUAGAGACAUCCAUCCUAAAAAAUCUAUGGAUGGAGUCAAACUUGCAUCAAGUCGGGGCACAUGGAUGGACAGAAAGUCACAACCCCACACACCUAGUGAUCAACAGCAACACAUUUUGUAAUUAUGAAUCCAACCCCAAGCGGCAUCAUCCAAUUCAGAAAGUGGAAGUAGGCCAUACAGUCUUCAUAACUGAAGUCAAGCCACAGAUUUCAGAUUCUGUAUAUGUUGAUGAACAUGAUGAAACAUCAGAUCGCUGUUUAUCACAAGGGUCUUGGCAUGCAAAUGAAAUGACAGAUGAAGACAUGGCCUUAUUUGAUGAAGUCAUUAUCAAUACCAUGAAAGAACAUAAGAUCAAGGGGGGAUCGGUGAUCUUAGGACAUCAGGGUAGAAUUCUGUACAGGCAAGGUUAUGGUCAAGAAACUCCAGGGGUGUUUGCUACUUCCUCGUCAAAAUUCAAGAUUGGUGACAUUUCCAAGGUCAUUACAGCUAUGGCUAUUCUCAAACUAGUGGAACAGGGGCACCUGCAGCUUACAGAUGAGGUGUUUGGAGAUCUAAACAAAAAACCAGAAGGAAAGACUUUAGGAACAACAAAGCAGCCUUACUUAAAAAUUUCAGGCAUUCUAAAAGACUACUACAAGGGCCAGAGAAGAACCUCCCUAGAAAGUCGAACAGUGGAGCAGCUACUACAGCACUCCUGGGGACUGGAUCCAGCACAAGGACAUGACAUCAUUGAUACCAGAACAUUUUUGCUGAACAAAAUGAUACUUGGCUGGGGCAAUUUCAAAUCAUUAGACAGAAAAGAAAUUAUGUUGAAGCAGAUUAUGAUCAGAUCGUCUGGUUCUUCACCAGGUGAGAAACAUACCUAUUGUCACCUGGGCUACCUGCUCCUGGGAGUGGUUCUGGAAGAAGUCACUGGAAUGCCGUACCUACAGUUUAUAAGGGACAUGUUCCACAGCCUCAAAGUGGGGGAAAUUAUGGACAUGGACUGUUCCAAAGAACUGGAAAAGGAAAAUAUUCAUCUCAAAAACCCUUUUCACUCAAUGUUUUGCAUUUUACAAGAGAACGAAGAUUCUCCCCCAUCUCUUCAGAGUUUUAACAGAACUUGUAGAUAUAAGAACCAGAUGAAAUUACUUGUCCUCGAGACAGCAACGUAUUGUGGCGUAGUGGUCUCAGCAGAACAGCUCUUCAGAAUUUUCUCUUCAAUUGAACUCUCCUUAUAUAAGUCUUCCAUUUUGUUGAGGGAGUCUGUCAUCAAAAUGUUGGAACGACCAGGCUAUGAAAGUGGAACUGAGUGGUAUGGUCUGGGCCUCAAUGUUUCUGAUGGAGGUGAGAGUUGGGGUCACUCGGGGAACACGCCCGAUGGUACACAUUCCUCAGUUUUUCGUCAUCACUCAGGAUUUACAUGGACUGUGUUGUUCAAUGAAGGAGGAAGUGGAAUUCGGAAUCUUGAUAUAGAUCUGGAUACUAUGAUGAGGCAUGCGUUGAGCAUGACCCCAAGAUUUUCAUCCUAUUCGACUCUUCUGUUCAAGCAGUUGUCAUUCUUGAGUAUGGAGUCGGUAUAUUAUGGUAUUUAUUCGACCAAUAUGGAUUUAGUUUAUGAAAUCCUUCUUCCUUAUGAAAUGCUAGAUGAACAUUACACCAGUUUGAAACUUGCAGGGUAUUAUAUUCAGUAUAUCGACUUAAUCAGCAAUGAUGCAAAAGUGUAUGUCAACAUUAUUUGGAAGAAAAAUGAGGAAAAUGUGGAUUGGUUUAUUCGGAAGUAUUAUGUAGAUAACAGAAGUUACGCAUCACUUGAUACAGUUGAAAAAGAUGUAGAACAGCUUUUAACAUCAAGAUACCAAAUCCACACCUUGGCGACAUGUAGUGCCAAAACCUGCUUACAUUGUGUGAUAGUAGGUAGGAAGAAGACCAAUUUAAAACUCUCUCACAGGUUCUUCUUCUUCACCACUUUUGACCGAGUGAAUGAAUACGUUACUAAUUCAGGUAGCAAGAUCAUUGUACAGUCCUUAUGUCCAUUUGGUAAAAAGACAUUUCUGACCGCUUUCAUCGAGAAUGACAAAAGUGAAAUGAAGUGUCCAAACAAAUUCUGGAUUGCAGUUAGUGAGAAUGAUUUUUUAAGUUACAUGAAAGAGGAGGAUCAUAACUUUGGCAUUCAGCAUUUUCAGUUUUACUUCAACGGCCUGUCGGAUAAUGUGUUUGUCAGCUUCGUCUUGUCACCAGAUGUUAAACAUCGGAGCACCUGCAAGUAUGGACUGACUCGCCAUGCUUUCAUGAAGACUUUAACAGACAUUGUUAGGUCUACUGAUGUGGAAGUUGAAAAGAUCUGUGCAUACGUAUGCAAGGGGAGCUUUUACUUUGCAUGUUUGACAGUGGACAAAGAUGUAGUUCCUUCCCUUAGAUGAAAAAAAAAAACACCUAAGUCUUGUGCAAUUUAAUAUAGAAUAUAACUUAGACUGAUAUUGAUUUACAGGAGAUAUUGUGAUUUGCAAAAGAUAUUGUAAAAGUGGUUAGGCCAACAAAAAAUAAUUAUUUAUGUGUAAGUAUCUAAGAAUGAUAGUACAUGUAUACAUAUAAUAGUAAGUAAUGUAAAGCUAUUUUUUUUAUAAAAAUGAACAUUCCAUUGUUUAUUCUAUACACGAGAAAGAGAAGGUAACUCAUUCUACAGUCAACAUAAAAAAAGAUAGAUAACACAGGCUACAGCCAAGUAAAAAAUACAAUAACUGCUGGCCUCAUCAAAAUUAAAAAGUUUUGGCCUUUUUUUUUGUUGUUGCCUUAUUUAUGCUUGGGGGGGGGGGGGGGGGGGGGAAUUUACAGUAAUUAUGUAGUCACAUAAUAAGCGCAUACAUUUCCCCCACAUGUAUAGCUAUGAAUAUUUGAUAUAAUAUACAUAUUCAGUUAUCGCAUAUUUUUCCCCCACACGUAAAAAAUGCGUACUUAACCCCCAGCAUAGAUAACCCCUUCUACAGUAUUGUCAUGAAGUAUGGUAUACUGAACAGUUGUUUUUCAUUACUUUGUGUAUUCUUACAAUUCAUGUAAAGUAUGGGUCCUGUGGCAUUUACAUACAUAAUACAUGUACAUAUACUAGUACAUGUAUCAGACGCGUAACUGUCUAUACGCAAGUACGCAACUGUGUACACAUCAUUUGAGAGAGAGAGAAUUGUCGUUAAAAUAUCUGUGCAUAAAAUAUGCCGGUUUAUGAUUUAAUCAACAUUAUGAUGUCCAUUCAUUAAAAUUCAGAAGUCCAUUUUGAAUUUCAAGUCAUUAACAUCAUGUCAAAUAUCACUUUAAUGUACAUCAUAUAUGUACAUGUAGUUGACGGAUUAGGAUAUUAUUCUUUGUUAUCAGUAACAUUUACCAGAUACAGCAGUUGAUAACAACGAAAUAAAUUCGUAGAACAAAUGUAAAAUCAAUCCCAGUACCUCACGGUUGGCACCAAAAAAAAACUAGAAAAUAA